CAGCAGCUCCGGUCCGUCAGCGCAGCCGGACGCGAUCGCCGCCGGCACCGGGAGCACCGGGAGCACCGGAAGCACCGGGAGCCACCGCCCCGCCCGCCCGCCGGGACCGCCGCAGGUCUCCAGAGCUGGCCAGGAUGGCGCAGUGGAACCAGCUACAGCAGCUCGACACACGGUACCUGGAGCAGCUCCACCAACUCUACAGCGACAGCUUCCCCAUGGAGCUCCGGCAGUUCCUGGCCCCAUGGAUUGAGAGCCAGGACUGGGCGUAUGCAGCCAGCAAGGAGUCGCACGCCACGCUGGUGUUCCACAACCUGCUGGGGGAGAUCGACCAGCAGUACAGCCGCUUCCUACAGGAGUCCAACGUCCUCUACCAGCACAACCUGCGCCGGAUCAAGCAGUUCCUGCAGAGCAGGUACCUGGAGAAGCCAAUGGAAAUCGCUCGCAUCGUGGCUCGCUGCCUGUGGGAAGAGUCCCGACUCCUCCAGACUGCUGCCACUGCAGCCCAGCAAGGGGGACAGGCAACACAUCCAACAGCAGCUGUGGUGACGGAGAAGCAGCAGAUGCUGGAGCAGCACCUGCAGGAUGUCAGGAAGAGGGUGCAGGAUCUGGAGCAGAAGAUGAAAGUGGUGGAGAAUCUCCAGGAUGACUUUGAUUUUAACUACAAGACUUUGAAAAGCCAAGGAGACAUGCAGGACCUGAAUGGGAACAACCAGUCGGUGACCCGUCAGAAGAUGCAGCAGCUGGAGCAGAUGCUGACGGCACUGGACCAGAUGCGCAGGGGCAUAGUGAGCGAGCUGGCCGGGCUGCUGUCGGCCAUGGAGUACGUGCAGAAGAUGCUGGCGGAUGAGGAACUGGCAGACUGGAAGAGGCGGCAGCAGAUCGCCUGCAUUGGUGGCCCACCCAAUAUCUGCCUGGACCGCCUCGAGAACUGGAUAACCUCUCUUGCUGAAUCACAGCUACAGACCCGGCAGCAGAUCAAGAAGUUGGAAGAACUCCAACAGAAAGUAUCCUACAAGGGUGACCCGAUUGUCCAGCACCGGCCCAUGCUGGAGGAACGGAUUGUGGAGCUGUUCAGGAACCUGAUGAAAAGUGCUUUUGUCGUGGAGAGGCAGCCCUGCAUGCCCAUGCACCCCGACCGGCCCCUUGUCAUCAAGACGGGUGUGCAGUUCACCACCAAAGUCAGGUUGUUGGUCAAGUUUCCAGAGCUGAACUAUCAGCUGAAAAUCAAAGUCUGCAUUGACAAGGACUCCGGGGAUGUUGCAGCACUUCGGGGGUCCCGGAAGUUUAACAUCCUGGGGACCAACACCAAAGUCAUGAACAUGGAAGAGUCGAACAAUGGCAGUCUCUCUGCAGAGUUCAAGCACCUGACCCUGCGGGAGCAGCGCUGCGGGAACGGAGGCAGAGCCAACUGCGACGCCUCACUGAUAGUCACCGAGGAGCUGCACCUCAUCACCUUCGAGACAGAGGUGUAUCACCAGGGGUUGAAGAUCGACCUGGAGACCCACUCGCUGCCUGUGGUGGUCAUCUCCAACAUUUGCCAGAUGCCCAAUGCCUGGGCAUCUAUCCUGUGGUACAACAUGCUGACCAACAACCCCAAGAAUGUGAACUUCUUCACCAAGCCGCCCAUUGGGACCUGGGACCAGGUGGCAGAGGUGCUGAGCUGGCAGUUCUCCUCCACCACAAAGCGUGGCCUUAGCAUCGAGCAGCUGACCACGCUGGCAGAAAAACUGCUGGGACCAGGUGUGAAUUACUCCGGCUGUCAGAUCACCUGGGCCAAGUUCUGCAAGGAGAACAUGGCUGGUAAAGGCUUCUCUUUCUGGGUCUGGCUGGAUAACAUCAUUGACUUGGUGAAGAAGUACAUCCUGGCACUGUGGAACGAAGGGUACAUCAUGGGGUUCAUCAGCAAGGAGCGGGAGAGAGCCAUCCUGAGCACCAAGCCCCCGGGGACCUUCCUGCUGCGCUUCAGCGAGAGCAGCAAGGAAGGUGGCAUCACCUUCACGUGGGUGGAGAAGGACAUCAGCGGGAAGACACAGAUCCAGUCGGUGGAACCUUACACCAAGCAGCAGCUCAACAACAUGUCGUUUGCGGAGAUCAUCAUGGGCUACAAAAUCAUGGAUGCCACCAACAUCCUGGUGUCCCCACUGGUGUACCUGUACCCAGACAUACCCAAGGAGGAGGCAUUUGGGAAGUACUGCCGCUCUGAGAGCCAGGAGCACUCGGAAGCGACUGACUCAGGUAGCGCUGCUCCGUACCUGAAGACCAAGUUCAUCUGUGUCACCCCCACCUCCUUCAGCAACACCAUCGACCUGCCCAUGUCCCCGCGCACCCUGGACUCACUCAUGCAGUUUGGCAACAGCAGCGAGGGCGCGGAGGGCAACUCGGGAGGGCAGUUUGAGUCGCUGACCUUCGACAUGGAGCUGACCCCGGAGUGUGCGUCCUCACCCAUGUGAGGGGCUGUGCUGGCGCGCGGGGCCUCCCCGGGCUCGGCCUUCCCACCUCCAGAGAGGUCUCCUGGAUUUGUCCCACUCGGCCGUGGCUGCUCCGAGCCUGUCCUUGAGAGCAGCUGGGGGCUGGGUCUGUGCCCCCAGUUCCUUGCCUGCCCCAACAGAGCAGCACCUCUUUGGGGUGGUGCCAGUUGUCUCUGGGGCAGGGGGAUGAACCUUUUUCUAUUUCCUUCCAUAACAGUUUUUUAUUAUUUUUGCUCAUUCAAGUGCCUAUUUUCCUCCAGUUGCAGCUGCAGUUCCUACAAAUGUUUCCGCAGCCCAGGGCUGGAAGCUGCUGCCCUGACUGCCAGAACCCCAAACUCUCAAGACUUUAUGAGCCUGGGUUUGGACAGGGGAUCAGCUGUGCAGUGGGGCCUGCCCUCCUGCUGCCCAGCACCUCCCAGAGCGUGCAGGGUGGUCUCCCCUGUGCCUCCCCCUGCCCUGGUUUUGGCCAGCAGGACCAGCACAGGGCUCAGAGCUGAAGGUGGAUGUACCUGGGCACUCCUGCCCUGCUAGGACACUGCUCCUGCUGGACUCAGCCUGGGCUUUACUGAGAGCAGGGAGGUUCAGGAGCUGCUUGUGCUUGUCACCAGAUUUCUUCUGUGGGCACAGGGCACUGGUCAGCGCCAGCAGCCCUGGGCUCCUGCUGGAAUGGCUGGUGUCCCUGUGGGGCAGAGGCUGCCUGGGGCAUGGUAGUGCUGCCUCCUAGCACUGGUGCCUACAUGUGAGCAGCGUUUGCAUCUGGGGCCUGUUUUGGGACCUGGGUGUAGCCACAGAGGCUGCCCUGGCCAUGGCUGCCCUGUGGCCAGGUUGGGGCUGGGAAUGUGGCCACACUGCUCGUACUGUGUGAGUUAGACCUGUUGGACUCUGGGGAACUGCUGGAGCCAGGGUGGUCAGCAGUGGGGGUACCUGGCUUGUCCCUUUCCCUCUGGCUUGUGAGGGGCCAGGCAUGGGAUCUGCAGCUUCUCGGGGGUUUCAUGUGGCAUUUCUGUUGGAGGUUGGCCCUCACAUAAGGUGGCAGGGGGCAAGAGUUGAAGGGAGGAGAUGGACAUGGGGAGAGGAACUUGCCACAGGGCAGCGCAUAAUGGAGACGUGGAUGUUGUGAAAAGCAGGUGUCCUGGGUUUUGGGGGGUCAGUGCUUGUGAUCCUGCAUUUACCACAAUGAGGGGAGCCCUCCUGCCCUUUCCAUGCAGUGGGCAUACAGACACAGAUGAGCAGGGGAGGGGAAGGGGAGGCAGUGGGAAAGCUGCCUCCCCCAGUUGCAUCACAGCCAGCAGGCAGGAAGCCAGAGGGGAGAACUCCUGGGGCUGUGGGGUCUAGGCCAGCCCCUCAAACUGUAUAGGAGCAGGAUGGAGGGUCCAUGGUUGGCCCUAGGGAUGCUCAGAGGGUAGGAGGGCCCUUUACCCCUGUGCUCACCAUAGCUGCCUCCAGCCGCAGUCCCUGGAGCCCAGGGCAGCAUCUGAUACUGUAAAAAAAUUUUAUUUUUUUGUAUAUUUUAUUGCUGUAUCUACAGGCUUUAACUUUCCCCGAAAUAAAGGCCCUGAAGCUACGUGC